AUGCCAUCAUAUACAACUCUCACCGUUGAAGUUAGGGGAAGAAUAGGGAUCAUCACGCUGAAUAGACCUGAAGCACUUAAUGCGUUCAACCAAAAAAUGUCUAUUGAGAUUAUUGAGGCGUUUCGGGAACUCAAUCAACACCCAGAAACUAUCUUCACCGUUCUGACAGGCAACGGUCGAUUCUUCUCUGCUGGAGCUGAUGUGAAAGCGCCGAUCGAUCCUCCACCCCCGGAAUACACACGAUCAGAGACAAAAGUGCACUAUCUGUCUCAGUUUACCCGUGCUCUAGAGCUUCUUCGUUCCAUGAUUGAUCAUAGCAAGGUCUUGGUACUAGCUCUCAACGGUCCAGCAGUUGGCGGCGGGGCGGCGUGGUUUGAGGGUGUUGCCGACAUCGUUUUCGCCGCAAAAGGGUCAUGGCUUCAAGUUCCUUUCAACGCUUUAGGCCUUGUUCCUGAAAAUGGCAGCGCCCUUCAUUUUGCGCAAAACAUAGGAAUACAUCGUGCGAAUGACAUUCUAAUGUUUGGUCGCAAGUGUUCAGUAGAGGAACUAGAAUCAUGGGGGAUGGUUAAUCGUAUCUUUCCUUCGGAAGGGUUUCACAACCACGUCUUAGCUUUCCUGGAAGAACAGCUUGCGGUGAAUGACGGGAAGAGUAUGAUUGAAACGAAAAGACUUCAAAAUUCACCAUUGCGUAAGGAUAGGCUUUUUGCUGUAUAUGAAUCAGUGGAUGCUUUGGCAGAGAGAUUUGUCGACGGGGCGCCUCGGGAGAGAUUCGCUAAAAAGAGGCAACAGCUGCUUAAAGGAAACAAAGCGAAUACAGGUGACCAGCGUGGACAUUUGAAGUCAUCGUUGUAA